GUAACAAAUGCGGAGACGUCUAAAGAUCAAAAAGCAGAGGUGUAGUAAUGAUCUGCUACAAUAACCUGGUGCAAAGUCGUGGGUGGCCUUUUUAUUUAUUUUUUUCCUUCAUUUUUGGGAGUGUUGAUAGUAAACUGGGAGGGUGCAGGGGAUUUGAAAAAUUCAGUGGAAGGAGUACUAAUUGAAUUCCUACCAUACUUCGAAGGAAGGUGUUAGAGUCUGGAACUAGUGGGUUAACUCUAAAAGUCACUUCCCGGUUUGUAGGAGAGAAGAUGUGUAAUGAUUGAUGAUACAUAUUGAGUGCUUGCUGUGGCUCAGGGCACUGUGACUUGCUUACUUUGGCUUCAGGUGUUGAACAGCUCUUCCUUUCUCCAUGAAUCUGAUGCCCCACGUCCCAGAAUUCACACGUGCAUGAAUUUCUUUCUGGACUUAUGCCUCUGGCCAGCUUGCCAGCAGCAGUACGCUGUUCAGUUACCUUGUUUCAUCUUAAAUCCUGGAACUUAGUAGGUCAAGUCAUCCUCCAUGCUUCUCUACUUCAAAAGCAUUCUAGCAGGCAGUUCCGGCGAAGGGGGAGACGAAGCAGGACUGCUGCAUGAAAACAGAGCUGCUGAGGGAAGAGAUCUCUAUGGCAGCCGAUGGAGGCUCAUCGGAGAAGCAGGGAGGAGAGGGCCCCGUGGCCGCCGACAGCGAAGCCAACGGGUCCUGUGCGGAGAGCGAGGCGAGUGAUCACGUGACUAUAGCGCAGCACACUCAGGAGACCACGGCGGGCAGCCCGCAGGACGGUACCAACAAACUAGCUCGGAUAGCCGAAAAUGGGGUUUCAGAAAGAGACAGUGAAACGGGGAAGCAGAACCACGUCAGCGCAGACGACUUCACACAGACUUCUGUCGUCGGGAGCAAUGGGUACUUCUUGAGUAAGCCCCCCCCGCAGGAGCAGCCCAUGCGGAUUACCAGCACUUUGGCUUCCUCGCUUCCUGGUCAUGCUGCGAAAACCCUUCCCGGAGGCGCCGGCAAAGGGAGGACUCCCAGUGCUUUUUCUCAGACGCCGGCUGCGGCGCCGGCCAAGCUUGCGGAAGCGAGUAAAGACCCGGAGGACAAGAAGCCCUCCGGCCCCUCGGGCCCUGGUGCCGACGUCAAGGUUCACAGGGCACGGAAGACCAUGCCAAAAUCCAUCCUGGGCUUGCAUGCGACCAGUAAGGAUCCCAGAGAAGUUCGGGAAGUUCGAGAUCAUGAGGAGCCAAAAGAGGAGAUCAGCAAAACCCUUUCUGAUUUUGGCCGACAGCAGCUUUUACCCCCCUUCCCACCCCUUCAUCAGUCACUACCUCAAAACCAGUGCUACGUGGCCACCACAAAGCCACAGACAGCUUGCUUGCCUUUUGUUUUAGCAGCUGCAGUAUCUCGGAAGAAAAAACGAAGAAUGGGAACCUAUAGCCUGGUUCCUAAGAAAAAGACCAAAGUAUUAAAACAGAGGACGGUGAUUGAGAUGUUUCAGAGUAUAAGUCACCCCACUGUGGGCUCCAAGGGCGACAAGGACCUGGGCGCCAGCACCCUCCACGUGAAUGGGGAGAGCUUAGAGCUGGACUCGGAGGAGGAAGAGUCGGAGGAGCUGGAUGAGGAUGAAGACCAGGGCCCUGAGCAGGCCGCCGCAUUCCCCUCGGAGGACAGCAGGACCUCUACGGGGUGUGGGCCUGAGGCCGGCCGCACCCAGAAGACGGACGGCGAGUCUGAAGAGGAGCAGGAGUCGGCCGGCACCGGGGAGGAGGACGAGGACGGAGACGAGUCGGACCUGAGUUCUGAAUCCAGUAUCAAGAAGAAGUUUCUCAAGAGGAAGGGGAAGCCUGACAGCCCCUGGAUCAAGCCCACUAGGAAACGGAGACGGAGAAAUAAAAAGAAGCAAAGCGGUAUCCUGGGUUCUGAAGCAUAUACGUCAUCUUCAGGAAGCACAGAGCAGACGGCAGCGGGAGACAGCACGGGAUACAUGGAGGUCUCUCUGGACUCCCUAGACCUCCGUGUCAAGGGGACUCUGCCCUCACAAGCAGAAGGGCUGGCCAAUGGUCCCGACGUGGGGGAGACAGAUGGCCUUCAGGAAGUACCCCUCUGCAGCUGCCGGAUGGAAACCCCGAAAAGCCGAGAGAUCACCACUCUGGCCAACAACCAGUGCAUGGCUACGGAAAGUGUGGACCAUGAACUGGGCAGGUGCACCAACAGCGUGGUCAAGCACGAGCUGAUGCGCCCAUCCAGCAAAGCGCCGCUCUUGGUGCUAUGUGAAGACCACCGGGGCCGGAUGGUGAAGCACCAGUGCUGUCCGGGCUGCGGCUACUUCUGCACAGCGGGUAAUUUUAUGGAAUGUCAGCCUGAGAGCAGCAUCUCUCAUCGUUUCCACAAAGACUGUGCCUCUCGAGUCAAUAAUGCCAGCUACUGCCCCCACUGUGGGGAGGAGAUCUCCAAGGCCAAAGAGGUGACCAUCGCAAAAGCCGACACAACUUCCACCAUGACGCUGGCCCCUGGGCAGGACAAGAGCUCUCUGGUGGAGGGCAGGGCUGACACUACCACGGGCAGGUGCGUGCCCAGCGGAGCCUUGGGCAGCUCUCCUGGAAACAGCACUGCGGGACCAUCGCUCUUGGAGGACGGCAAGCCGCAGAGCACAGCCCCCCAGGCAGCCGACGGCUUCGACCCCGCGGGGCCUGCGGGGCUGGUCAAGCCGGCCCCCGGCCUUUCCCAGGGACCAGGGAAGGAGACCUUGGAAAGUGCUCUGAUCGCUCUUGACUCAGAAAAACCCAAGAAGCUUCGCUUCCAUCCAAAGCAGCUGUAUUUCUCCGCCAGGCAAGGGGAGCUGCAGAAAGUGCUGCUCAUGCUGGUGGAUGGAAUCGACCCCAACUUCAAGAUGGAGCACCAGAACAAGCGGUCCCCACUGCACGCUGCCGCCGAAGCCGGCCACGUGGACAUCUGCCACAUGCUGAUCCAGGCGGGCGCGAACAUUGACACCUGCUCAGAAGACCAGAGGACCCCAUUGAUGGAGGCAGCAGAAAACAACCAUUUAGACGCGGUGAAGUACCUUAUCAAGGCCGGCGCCCUCGUGGACCCUAAGGAUGCAGAGGGCUCCACCUGUUUACACCUCGCUGCCAAGAAAGGCCACUAUGAUGUGGUUCAGUAUCUGCUUUCGAAUGGACAAAUGGAUGUCAACUGUCAGGAUGAUGGCGGCUGGACACCCAUGAUUUGGGCCACUGAGUAUAAGCAUGUGGAGCUCGUGAAGCUGCUGCUGGCCAAGGGGUCUGACAUCAACAUCCGGGACAACGAGGAGAACAUCUGUCUGCACUGGGCCGCCUUCUCUGGCUGCGUGGACAUAGCCGAGAUCCUGCUGGCCGCCAGGUGCGACCUGCACGCCGUGAACGUGCACGGAGACUCGCCCCUGCACAUCGCCGCCCGGGAGGACCGCUACGCCUGCGUCCUCCUCUUUCUUUCUCGGGAUUCAGAUGUCACCUUGAAAAACAAGGAGGGAGAGACGCCCCUGCAGUGUGCAAGCCUCAACUCCCAGGUGUGGGAUGCUCUGCAGAUGAGCCGGGCGCUGAGGGACUCAGCCCCCGACAGGCCUGUCCCAGCGGAGAAGACGGUGAGCAGAGACAUUGCUCGAGGGUAUGAGCGAAUCCCCAUCCCGUGUGUCAACGCCGUGGACAGCGAGCCGUGCCCCAGCAACUACAAAUACGUUUCUCAGAACUGCGUGACGUCCCCCAUGAACAUCGACAGAAACAUCACCCAUUUGCAGUACUGCGUGUGCAUCGACGACUGCUCUUCCAGCAACUGCAUGUGCGGCCAGCUCAGCAUGCGCUGCUGGUACGACAAGGACGGCCGGCUCCUGCCAGAGUUCAACAUGGCGGAGCCGCCCUUGAUCUUUGAGUGCAACCACGCCUGUUCCUGCUGGAGGAGCUGCCGGAACCGAGUCGUGCAGAACGGUCUCAGGGCGAGGCUGCAGCUCUACCGGACACAGAACAUGGGCUGGGGCGUGCGCUCCCUGCAGGACAUCCCCCUGGGCACCUUCGUCUGCGAGUACGUCGGGGAGCUCAUCUCUGACUCGGAAGCUGACGUGCGGGAAGAAGACUCUUACCUCUUUGAUCUUGACAACAAGGACGGCGAGGUGUACUGCAUCGACGCGCGCUUCUACGGGAACGUCAGCCGCUUCAUCAACCACCACUGCGAGCCCAACCUGGUGCCCGUGCGUGUGUUCAUGUCACACCAGGACCUGCGCUUUCCCAGGAUUGCCUUCUUCAGCACCCGCCUGAUUGAGGCUGGGGAGCAACUGGGGUUUGACUACGGGGAGCGCUUCUGGGACAUCAAAGGCAAGCUGUUCAGCUGCCGAUGCGGCUCCCCCAAGUGCCGGCACUCCAGCACGGCCGCGGCGCAGCGGCAGGCCAGCGCCGCCCAGGACGGCCAGGAGAACGGCCUGCCCGACACCAGCUCCUCCACCGCUGACCCCCUAUGAGCCGCAGCCGGCCCGGGGCGCUGAGCGUCGGUCCUGUUCACACGGAGGUUGGAGAGGAAGGCGAAACGCACACAACGCCCGAGGGCCCCGACCUGGGGCUGGAGGGACCUGGGCCAGGGCCGCGAGGCCCCAGCGUGGCUGCCCGCGGGCUGGGGGCGGGCACUUUGGAACACUCUGGGAAUCCGCGCUGGCGUGACCUUGUGAGUUUCUGAUGAUGGUUUUGUCGUUUCCACGUUUCCUGUUCCCCCUCAACUCCCCUGGUUCCUGCUCCACCGUGGGGCUCGUUGGCGAAGGCCGGUCGGCCCAGGCUCCCCGCGUGGCACCUGCCGAAGACAGCGUCACCCGUGAGCUGCUCCGUUAGACCUGCCUGCCCGAGGCCCGCGCACACGCCGUCCCCACCUCGGCCUCGGAGAGGUCAGGGCCGAGCCGUCACUGACUUUGGAGAAAACGUUUGUUUGCUUUUUAAAGAAGUCCUAUAUCUAGUCCUAUAUAUCAGACCUCUAAUGCAUUUCUUUCUGAGGAAGCGGUUUGGCGGGUGCAGGAGGGCCGCGGCCCGAGGAGGACCCCGCACCGGCCCCGCCAGCACAGCGAUGCUGGCGCCGUCUGUUGAUUUUUAAACCACAUGCUAUGAUGAUGAAUAAACUGAUUUAUUUUCUACCAUUAUUGAACAUUAGGACAAAUAAAAACACAAAACACAGACAACGGUGCUGAUUCUGGUGUGGUUUCUACUCACCAUGUGAAAAUAAACUAUCAACUGUAUAAAGAGAACAAAGUGAUUUUAGAAUAAAAUGCAGGAAAAAAACUUUUUUUAAAAUGUUAGUCUUGUCGUGGAAUAAAUUUGCCAUCACCUUUUGUGUGACGGCCGCCAGGUCAUACACUUUUUUUUGGGCAUAUACUUUUUUAAAUCCUGUGAUUAGUGCGGUAGCAGGUGGGGUUUUGUGCGGCCCUCUAAUACAUUCAUGAUGCAGUCAUGUUUAUUUUUUUUCUGUUAAAAUGUUUUUGACAGUUUUAAGAGCAGUCUUUUGGCUCAGACCAUUUCUUGUUCUGUUUUCAAUGAAAUCAAUAAAAAAAAGAGAAGUGCUUUAAA